AUGGCAGAGGAACAGGAAUACGAGGCGGAUUUGGAAGACGAUGCCGACGGCGGCAUCGCACCAGAGGAUAUUGUUCGAGAGACAGUGGGACACUGGAAUACCAUGAGAGGCAGGUCAAGGAGGUCCCGCAAUGCGGGUAUGUACAAUUUGGACACGUUUAUCGCCAGAUGGGUAGAGAACCCUCGCCGAGCAAAGCAGCUAGCAGAUGCUCUCCUCAAGCACGAUGUACAAGCUGCUCUAGAGAGCAAGAACGUCGUCGUCAAACUAGCACAGGGCGACGACGACAGCAUAGCGAGCAGAAUUCGACAUGAAUUGAAGCCAUUGCAACUUAAUCCAUCUUUCAGUGAAUUCAAGCCCGAAGAACAACAAGCAACAGAUCCCAUAACAGUCGAGGAUAUUUGCAAGACGGAAUGGCUCGACAAGAAUCUCGCUAGAGCAUGGCCGACACUCAAACAGAAGGCGCCUACUACCGUCAGACUUCUCUCGCAGGUCAUGCAGACUCAAUGGGAGAAGGAUAUCACCACUGUUCAAGCCAACGAUGACUUCAAGAGCCCUAUCUAUCUUGUUGUCUCUAUUUUGCUUGGCGGCUUCGCCCGCAACAAAGCCAGCUUCCUCCGGGAUGUGUUGGGUCUGUAUCUCAUGGCGAAUGGCACUGCACGUCGAGCCAUUGAAGUCCUCAACCAUGUUGGCAUCAUCCCCUCAUACAGAACUCUCAACCCCUUGCUGAAUCAGAUGGCGGCCAGUGCAAAAGAGGGCAUCAAGAAGGUGGCACACGACCCUAAUGCCAUUGUGGUAUACGACAACUUCAACUUCAAGAGUCGUGUUCGUGAGCUGGCUGGCGGCGAAGGUGUAUAG